AUGUCUCACUCAUUGUGUGCCAUCUCUGUCGUUGUAGCAUGGAUCUUAUACCAGUGGGUGCUAUUUAGGAUCACAGAGCGAAAGAUCCGGCAUAUCCCAACCGUAGGCCCUGAUGGCUUCAUUUCAUCGUACAUCGCGGCAUGGAUGUUUAUGUGGAGGGGGAAGGACAUCGUGCAGGAGGGAUACGCGAAGUAUCGAGGAACACCAUUCAAGGUUCCUUCCCUUAUGACGCCAAACCGGUGGUUGAUCAUCGCAAGCGGCGAGACUAUGGUCAAAGAUAUGCAGAGAGCUGCCGAGCGAGAACUCUCGUUUCAUGACGCCUUGUUCCAGAUGUGGCAGGGUGAUAGCUUGACUCGCCGACUCGCAGAUAAGACUUGGGAGAAUCCAUAUCUGAUUGGUGUUGUGCGAGGCCCAUUGACAAGGAACUUUGCUGCUCGACUGGAUGACUUUCGAGAUGAAGUGGAAGUGUCGUUCGACGAGACGAUACCUAAGACCGAUGACUGGGCUCCAGUGCAAGUCUACAAGACUAUGAUCCCCAUAGUUUGUCGAGCGACGAAUCGCGUUUUUGUGGGAUUGCCACUCUGUCGAGACGCAGAGUAUUGCCGCAUUCAAGAAACCUUGACAGUCCAUUUUUUCACAAUGACGAAUGUCCUUAGCCUGGUGCCAGUCGCCCUACGAUCCAUGGUCGGCCGGAUGCUCACCAAGUUCCCGUUAGAACAUGCCAGAGUAACCAAGUUACUCUCUCCAGUCAUCACGGAGCGAAUGAAUAUGGACGAGAGGUAUGGUUCCAAGUGGGAAGGAAGACCUAAUGAUAUGAUUUCAUGGCUGUUGGACUCCGCCCCGGACAACGAAGGGUUCAAAUCGGCAGAGGAUAUAUCCAUGCGGAUCAUCCUAGCCAAUAUGGCCAGGCCUGAGUACAUCACUCCGCUUCGGGCAGAAAUUGCCAAAGUCGUCGGCGAGCUGGGGUGGACCAAGGAAGCGCUGGAUCAGCUAGUCAAAGUUGACAGCGUCAUCAAGGAGAGCAGCAGGCUUGCCGGAAUCCUUGCUCUCUCGAUGCAACGGACCACCAAAGAGGACUUCCGGUUUUCGAACGGGGUCACGGUCCCGAAAGGCUUCAGGGUGGCAGUCGCCGCUGUGGCGACCCAUGGAGACUCUGACAUCUAUGAAGAUGCAGCCGCGUUCAACGGGUUCCGAUUUAUCGAAUCGGAGGAGCAAAAGGGAAACGGCCCGAGAAGAAGUAUAUCCUCGCUCGAUCCUAACUUUCUUAUUUUUGGAGGAGGAAGGUCGGCAUGCGUGCUCACCCGCUACUACUACAUACUGCGCAGCCCCGGACGCUUCUUUGCCGUCAAUGAAGCGAAAGCGAUACUGGCGUACAUCCUGGUGACAUACGAUAUUCGGCUUCCAGAUGGGCAGACUGCUCCACCCACGCCGUUCUGGUUCGGCGAGACGCGCUCGCCAGAUAUCAAGGCGCAGGUUCUCUUCAGGGAGCGUCGGGUGAAUUGA